AUGAGAAAUCAAAGAAAAUCAUAAGUAACUUAAAAUAUUGAAUUUUUUAGAGUCCGUUUAGAACUAAUUAAUCUAUUAUGAGGGACAGUCCAAAUACUUAAUUAGAUGAAUCAAGCAUUUCAACUAAUAGAAUUCCAUAAAAUAGAGAAUCAAUCAGAGCAAGAAUGAAGAUUAAUUAAUCUCAUAAUAAUGCUCUAGCUUAAGGUGGAUAAAUUAGAAAAUAAAUUGCAAAUGAAAGAACAUCAGCUAAAGGUGGAAAUCCUAAUGAAUUUAAUCCAAAGAAAUUUGUAACUAAAGAUCUCAAAGUAAUGUAGCUAUCUAUUACAGGAAUCUGAUAUUAUAGAUAUCAAACAAGUUUUUGAUUAUUAUGAUUCUGAAUAAGCUGGCAUAUUAUCACCUAAUGAUUUAGAGUAAUUGCUUUCAAGUUUUGGAUAUCAUCCAACUAAAGAGACUCUAUAUGGUAUUAAGGUUCUAUCAUUACCUUUUUAGAGAUUUUUUCAGAAUUAGAUGAAGAUGAAUUAGGAGGAAUUACUUUUGAAUAUUUUCUUGGUAUUUUGAAUCAAGAUAAAUCUAAAUCAGAAAGAAAGGAUACUAUAAGGAGGAUAUAUAGGAAAUAUGAUAAAAAUAAUAAAGGUUUUAUAACUCUUCAAGAUUUAAGAUAAGUAGUAUAUAAAGAUUUGAAAGAGGAAAUUGAUGAAGAAGUCUUAGCAGAAGUAAAUUAUCUAAUAAAAGAAGAUCUUUAAAAAAACUGAUUCUAAUUAAGAUGGUAAGAUGACAUUUGAGGAUUUCUAUAAUGUGAUGACCAAAAAGGUGUAUUAUUGAUAUUAUUAUACAGUGCAUAUUUAAUUAUAAUGUCUUGCUUUAUAAAUUUAACACAAAGAGCCAAAAGAACUCUUUCAAUCGGUAUGUUAAUCAUUAUAUAAAUCAGAUUUUUAAUUUUAAGGGGCUUUACCAAAAAUAUAAUUGACUAGAUCAAGAGCAUUAACUUUCAACAAAAACCAUAUUUCCAAAAACUCAUUUUCUAUCUCUCUUAAAAUGAAUUCUAUAUCACCAAAAGUGAAUUCGAGACCUGUCAUGAAUGAUUUCCAUUUUUUUAAAUUGUAAAACUGCUAGAAAACAUAACCAUUAUAAGAAUUACAAUUUUUGAAAAAAAGUACAAAUAAGAAAACAAUAAAAAAAAAACCAUCUCUUGAUUUCAGUGUCUCUGGAUUUGAAACAACAGAUAUAGAGAGGGAAGAUAUCUUUCUAUAAUCAUAUGUUAGAAAAUAAUGA